UCAAGAAGGUUUAUUUCGUUUAACAAAUACAAUUAAACGCAUUAGCAAGAGAUGAGUUGUUCGUGACCUCUGGACUAAUAUGACAAUUUUCAUACUUUAUCCACGUUCGGCAUCAAUUUAAACCAAUAAGUGUCCUACUUUAAAGAACAUAGAGUCGACUAUUCAAUAACCGAACAAAAGAGUUACAAACGUAAAUUAGUUUAACCUCAGUCAGAUAAAAGAUGAAAACAUUUUCAAUUGCUCUCAGUGCGAAUCUGGCUUUCAAUCUAGCUUAACAAUGUUCUACGUGAUAACACUUGUAACUAUAUUAAGUGCGGAAGCAAAAUUGCGUGUGUAUCUUACAGACUCGCCGAUACAAAAAAUAGGCGGUCGACUUUACAAAGAAGAAUUACUAACAAAUCGCUUCAAAGACCCAAAAGAACUCGCCUACGAUUCUUCAACACGAAAUCUAUAUUUCAUGUAUAUGGAUGAUGAAUUGCAAAACUCGGGUCGAGCAUACAUCAACAUAAUAACAAAGAAUGCCAAUAAAAUUAAAGGAAUAUCAAGAAAUAAGGCUACAGCUGUAGAUUCGGAUACAGGAGAUGUGUACUUUGGAUCGGAUAACGGCCUAUAUAAAUACGACCCCGUUACAAAUAUAGCUUCAGAUAUUGGCCUAUACAAUAUGAACAUAUUCAAAAUUGUUAUACGAAACAAUGAAAUGUUUAUAAUUGAUGCUAACAAUCAUAUGAUAUAUAAAAUAUAUGAUCUUGGCCUGCGUGGGGUUAAGGUUGGCCACAUGAAAACUGUCAUGGACUUCGAUGUCGAUUACAAGAGGAACAUACAUUUUGUUACAAUGUGCGGGGUUUUCUGUGCAAUAAAUGGCGGUGAAGUUGUCAAAAACACGGAUUUGAAUGUUGUUUAUCAUUUUUUGAGUGAUGAAGAGAAGACAUUUGGUGUGACAGAUGACGGUUUGUAUGAAAUUGAUUGCUGGAACGGUACAGCAAAUAAAGUGGCAACACUGCAAUUUUACCCUAGAAGCAUAAUCUUUGGGGAUUAUGGUGAUAUAUUUUAUUCUGUUGACGACAAUAUCUAUAGGUUAAGGCCGAUCAAUUCUUAUCUUGUUUAUAAUGUUAAGAAAAAUAAAAAUAAUUAAUUUAUUCUAUUAUAUAUGGCUUGUACAAAUGUAUUGUAAAUAAAUUAUUUUAAACUUAA